UGCUGCAAUGUGGCUCCUUUGGCUCAAGCACCACUUGUCCGUCAACGUUUGGACCUUGCUGCUCUUGGGGAGCACCUGGCUACCACUGGUGGAAGGCAGCCCCAAGUCUCCCUUUAGGACUUUCCCGGUUACAGACUGGAGCUUGACGCACUUGGUGGUCCACAACAAAACUGGGGAGGUCUAUGUGGGGGCUGUCAAUCGGAUCUACAAGCUCUCCAAUAACCUCACGCUCCUGCGGACCCACGUGACAGGGCCUGUAGAGGACAAUGAGAAGUGUUACCCUCCUCCCAGCGUUCAGUCCUGCCCGCAUGGACUGGUCACCACCAACAAUGUGAACAAACUGCUGCUGGUGGACUACUCGGGGAACCGGCUCAUUGCCUGUGGCAGCGCCUCCCAGGGUAUUUGCCAGUUUCUGCGGCUGGAUGACCUCUUCAAGUUGGGUGAGCCCCACCACCGCAAGGAGCACUACCUCUCCAGUGUCAACGAAUCGGGCACCAUGUCUGGGGUCAUCAUUGAGGUGCUGAAUGGGCAGAACAAGCUCUUCAUUGGGACGCCCAUUGACGGGAAGUCGGAGUACUUCCCCACCCUCUCCAGCCGCAAGCUGAUGGCCAACGAGGAGAACGCGGAGAUGUUUGGCUUUGUCUACCAGGACGAGUUUGUGUCCUCACAGCUCAAGAUCCCCUCGGAUACGCUCUCCAAGUUCCCCACCUUUGACAUCUACUACAUCUACAGCUUCAGCAGUGAGCAGUUUGUUUACUACCUGACCCUGCAGCUGGACACCCAGCUCACCUCCCCCGACUCCACCGGGGAGCAGUUUUUCACCUCUAAGAUCGUCCGCCUCUGCGUGGACGACCCCAAGUUCUACUCCUACGUGGAGUUCCCCAUCGGCUGCGUGCAGGAUGGCAUCGAGUACCGCCUGAUCCAGGAUGCAUACCUGACCAAACCUGGCAAGGCUUUGGCCAAGUACCUGGGCAUCUCGGAACAGGAGGAUAUCCUCUUCACCAUCUUCUCCCAGGGCCAGAAAAACAGGGUUAAGCCUCCCAAGGAGUCUGUGCUCUGCCUCUUCACGUUGAAGAAGAUCAAGGAUAAGAUCAAGGAGCGUAUCCAGUCGUGCUACAGAGGGGAAGGGAAACUCUCGCUGCCCUGGCUCUUGAAUAAGGAGCUGGGCUGCAUCAACUCGCCGCUGCAGAUCGACGACAAUUUCUGUGGGCAGGAUUUUAACCAGCCGCUGGGUGGGACGGUCACCAUCGAGGGGACGCCGCUCUUUGUGGAUAAGGAGGAUGGGAUGACCUCGGUGGCUGCCUACGACUACAGAGGACAAACCGUCGUCUUCGCAGGCACACGAAGCGGGAAGAUUAAAAAGAUCCUGGUGGACUUGCCGGCUGAGAGGAAACACCAAGCGCUGCAGUAUGAGAACGUCGUGGCCCAUGAGGGCAGCUCCAUCCUACGAGACCUGGUGCUGAGCCCUGACCACCAGCACCUCUAUGCCAUGACUGAGAAACAGGUGACGCGGGUGCCGGUGGAGAGCUGCGAGCAGUAUGAGAGCUGUGAGCUGUGCCUGGGCUCCCGGGACCCGCACUGUGGCUGGUGUGUCCUCCACAACAUAUGCUCACGCAAAGAUCGGUGCGAGCGGGCGGACGAGCCCCAGCGCUUCGCCUCCGACCUGCGGCAGUGCGUCCAGCUCACCGUCCAGCCGAAGAACAUCUCGGUCACCAUGUCGGAGGUCCCGCUGGUCCUGCAGGCCUGGAACGUGCCAGACCUCUCGGCAGGAGUCAACUGUUCCUUUGAAGACUUCACUGAGUCCGAGAGCCGCAUCGAAGACGGGAAGAUCUACUGCAGCUCUCCCUCUGCCAAGGACGUCAUCCCCAUCACCAGGGGCCGGGACAAGCGAGUGGUGAAGCUCUACCUGAAAUCUAAGGAGACGGGGAAAAAGUUUGCCUCCGUGGACUUUGUUUUCUACAACUGCAGUGUCCAUCAGUCCUGCCUCUCCUGCGUGAACGGUUCCUUCCCCUGCCACUGGUGUAAGUACCGGCACAUCUGCACCCACAACGCCGCCGACUGCUCCUUCCUGGAGGGACGCGUCAAGCUCUCCGAGGACUGCCCCCAGAUCCUGCCCUCUACCCAGAUCUACAUCCCUGUGGGCGUGGUGAAGCCCAUCACCCUGACGGCCAAAAACCUGCCCCAGCCGCAGUCCGGCCAGCGCAACUACGAGUGCAUCUUCCACAUCCCCGGCAGCACCACCCGUGUCACUGCCCUGCGCUUCAACAGCACCAGCAUCCAGUGCCAGAACACCUCGUAUUUCUACGAAGGAAACGACAUCAGCGACCUGCCGGUCAACUUGUCCGUGGUCUGGAACGGGAACUUUGUCAUUGACAACCCCCAGAACAUCCAAGCCCACCUGUACAAGUGCUCGGCCCUGCGGGAGAGCUGCGGUCUGUGCCUGAAGGCUGACCCGCGCUUCGAGUGCGGCUGGUGCGUGUCGGAGCGGCGCCGCUGCACUGACCCCAAGAUCACCAAGCUGUCACCUGAGACCGGCCCCAGGCAGGGAGGGACCCGUCUGACCAUCACCGGCGAGAACCUGGGCCUGAAGUUUGAAGAUGUUCGCUGGGGCGUUCGAGUUGGCAAAGUGAUGUGCAUCCCCAUCGAGAGCGAGUACAUCAGCGCUGAGCAGAUCGUGUGCGAAAUUGGAGAUGCCAGCCCGAGCAAGGUCCACGAGGCGCGGGUGGAAGUGUGCAUCCGCGACUGCUCGCCCAGCUACCGGGCCACGUCCCCCAAGAGCUUCACCUUCGUGACUCCCACUUUCUCCCGUGUGGUCCCAGCCCGGGGCCCUCUCUCUGGCGGCACCUGGAUUGCCAUUGAAGGGAGCCACCUCAACGCUGGCAGCAACGUCUCCGUGACCAUCGGAGGACGACCCCGCGCUUUUUCGUGGAGAAGUGCCCGCGAGAUCCGGUGCAGGACCCCCCCUGGGCACACCCCCGGUAGCUCCCCCAUCCUCAUCAACAUCAACCGGGCAGAGCUGAGCAACCCAGAGGUGAAGUACAACUACACAGAGGACCCCACCAUCCAGAAGAUCGAUCCUGAGUGGAGCAUCAACAGUGGUGGGACACUGCUGACCGUGACUGGCACCAACCUGGCCACCAUCAAAGAGCCCAGGAUCCGGGCCAAGUACUCCAGCUCUGAAAGGGAGAAUAACUGCACCGUCUACAACGACACCACCAUGGUGUGCUACGCGCCCUCCAUCGACAACCCUGUGCGAAGCCCUCCGGAGGUUGGCGACCGCCCGGAUGAGAUCGGCUUCGUAAUGGAUAAUGUCCAGGCCCUGCUGAUCAUCAACACCACCAACUUCGUCUACUACCCUGACCCUGUGUUCGAGCCUCUCAGCCCCACAGGGAUGCUGGAGCUGAAGCCCAGUUCUCCCCUCAUCCUCAAGGGCAGGAACCUGCUCCCGCCGGCUGCUGGUAACUCCCGCCUGAACUACACGGUGCUGAUUGGAGACACUCCCUGCACCCUGACCGUCUCCGAGACCCAGCUCCUCUGCGAGUCCCCCAACCUCACCGGCCAGCACAAAGUCACGAUCAAGGCUGGGGGGUUCGAGUUCUCGCCAGGGACGCUGCAGAUCUACUCGGACAGCCUGCUCACCCUGCCCGCCAUCAUCGGGAUCGGUGGCGGGGGCGGUCUGCUCCUCCUCAUUAUCAUCAUCGUCCUCAUCGCCUACAAGCGCAAGUCCCGGGAUGCCGACCGGACCCUGAAACGCCUCCAGCUGCAGAUGGACAACCUGGAGUCCCGGGUGGCCCUGGAGUGCAAAGAGGCCUUCGCUGAGCUGCAGACUGACAUUAACGAGCUGACCAACGACCUGGACGGGGCUGGCAUCCCCUUUCUGGAUUACCGCACCUACGCCAUGCGGGUUCUCUUCCCAGGGAUAGAAGACCACCCUGUGCUGAAGGAGAUGGAGGUCCAGGCGAACGUGGAGAAGUCCUUGACUCUCUUUGGGCAGCUCCUGAACAAGAAGCACUUCUUGCUGACCUUCAUCCGCACUCUGGAGGCUCAGCGGAGCUUCUCUAUGCGGGACCGUGGCAAUGUGGCCUCCCUCAUCAUGACAGCGCUGCAGGGCGAGAUGGAGUAUGCCACCGGUGUUCUGAAGCAACUCCUCUCUGACCUCAUCGAGAAGAACCUGGAGAGUAAGAACCACCCCAAGCUGCUUUUGCGGAGAACGGAGUCGGUGGCAGAGAAGAUGCUGACGAAUUGGUUCACGUUUCUGCUGUACAAGUUUCUGAAGGAGUGUGCCGGGGAACCGCUCCUCAUGCUCUACUGUGCCAUCAAGCAGCAGAUGGAGAAGGGCCCCAUUGAUGCCAUCACAGGAGAGGCUCGCUACUCACUCAGUGAAGACAAGCUUAUCCGGCAGCAGAUCGACUACAAAAUGCUGACCCUCAACUGCGUGAACCCUGAGAAUGAGAACGCCCCGGAGAUCCCUGUCAAGGUGCUGAACUGUGACACCAUCACGCAAGUGAAGGAGAAGUUGCUGGAUGCUGUCUACAAGGGGGUGCCCUAUUCCCAGCGACCCAAAGCUGGAGACAUGGACCUGGAGUGGCGGCAGGGCAGGAUGGCCCGGAUCAUACUGCAGGAUGAAGAUGUCACCACGAAGAUUGACAAUGACUGGAAGAGGCUAAACACCCUGGCCCACUACCAGGUGACGGAUGGCUCCUCGGUAGCGCUGGUGCCCAAGCAGAACUCGGCGUACAACAUCUCCAACUCCUCCACCUUCACCAAGUCCCUCAGCAGAUACGAGAGCAUGCUGCGGACAGCCAGCAGCCCCGACAGCCUGCGCUCACGGACCCCCAUGAUCACCCCUGACCUGGAGAGCGGCACCAAGCUCUGGCACCUGGUGAAAAACCACGACCAUAUGGACCAGCGGGAGGGUGACCGGGGCAGCAAGAUGGUUUCCGAAAUCUACCUGACGCGCCUGUUAGCCACCAAGGGCACCCUACAGAAGUUCGUGGAUGACCUGUUUGAGACCAUCUUCAGCACGGCACAUCGUGGGAGCGCGCUCCCCCUUGCCAUCAAAUACAUGUUUGAUUUCCUGGAUGAACAAGCUGAUAAGCAUCAGAUCAAUGAUUACGAUGUCAGGCACACCUGGAAGAGUAACUGUCUACCUCUACGUUUUUGGGUGAAUGUGAUUAAGAACCCUCAGUUUGUGUUCGACAUUCACAAGAACAGUAUUACUGAUGCCUGCCUAUCCGUGGUGGCUCAGACAUUCAUGGACUCCUGCUCAACUUCUGAGCACAAGCUAGGAAAAGACUCUCCCUCCAACAAACUACUGUACGCCAAGGACAUCCCCAACUACAAGAGCUGGGUAGAAAGAUAUUAUGCAGAUAUAGCUAAAAUGCCAGCGAUCAGCGACCAGGACAUGAGCGCGUACCUGGCGGAGCAGUCGCGGUUGCACCUCAGCCAGUUCAACAGCAUGAGCGCGCUGCACGAGAUCUACUCUUACAUCACCAAGUACAAGGAUGAG